CAGAGGCAGCGACGCACGCGUUCCCUUUUCAUCGGGUGGCGUUGCUUGUUAGCGGUGUAGUUCCAUUUCUACUUUAACUCUUAUUUUAUUUUACACUGAACUAUAGCCAUGGCAGCAGCUGCGGUACCGGUAAGGAAGCGACUCCUGAAAGAGGAGGACAUGACCAAAAUUGAGUUUGAAACUAGUGAGGAGGUCGACGUUACUCCUACAUUUGAUACGAUGGGCUUACGAGAGGACUUACUCCGUGGGAUCUACGCUUACGGUUUUGAGAAGCCAUCCGCUAUUCAACAGAGAGCAAUUAAACAAAUCAUCAAAGGCAGAGAUGUAAUUGCACAGUCGCAGUCCGGGACGGGAAAGACCGCCACUUUCUGCGUUUCAGUUCUGCAAUGCUUGGAUAUCCAGGUGCGGGAAACCCAAGCACUGAUUUUGGCACCAACCAGAGAAUUGGCAGGACAGAUCCAAAAGGUACUUCUGGCUCUGGGUGACUACAUGAAUGUCCAGUGCCAUUCCUGUAUUGGUGGGACCAAUGUGGGGGAGGACAUCAGGAAGCUGGACUACGGGCAGCAUGUGGUGGCAGGGACUCCUGGCCGUGUCUUUGACAUGAUACGGAGGAGGAGCCUGAGGACCCGGGCCAUCAAGAUGCUGGUGCUGGAUGAAGCCGACGAAAUGUUGAACAAAGGUUUCAAGGAGCAGAUCUACGAUGUCUACAGGUAUCUGCCCCCCGCCACCCAGGUGUGUCUGAUCAGCGCCACGCUGCCCCACGAGAUCCUGGAGAUGACCAACAAGUUCAUGACGGACCCCAUCCGCAUCCUGGUCAAGCGUGAUGAGUUGACGCUGGAAGGCAUCAAGCAGUUCUUCGUGGCCGUGGAGCGGGAGGAGUGGAAGUUCGACACGUUGUGCGACCUGUACGACACCCUCACCAUCACACAGGCGGUGAUUUUCUGCAACACAAAGCGAAAGGUGGACUGGCUGACUGAGAAGAUGAGGGAGGCUAACUUCACAGUGUCGUCCAUGCAUGGAGACAUGCCACAGAAGGAGAGAGAGUCCAUCAUGAAGGAGUUCAGAUCUGGGGCCAGCCGAGUCCUGAUCUCCACAGACGUGUGGGCCAGGGGGCUGGACGUCCCACAGGUGUCCCUCAUCAUCAACUACGACCUGCCCAACAACAGAGAGUUGUACAUUCACAGAAUUGGUCGAUCAGGACGCUAUGGGCGUAAGGGUGUGGCCAUCAACUUUGUGAAGAACGAUGACAUCCGCAUCCUUCGCGACAUUGAGCAGUACUAUUCCACGCAGAUUGAUGAAAUGCCGAUGAACGUUGCUGACCUGAUCUAAGGGAGAGAUGCUCGAAGCAGAAAAACAUCUUAGAAGACCGUUUUUGUUCUGGACCUUUUUCGUAGGAAUUCCUGUUUUAUUUUGCUUGUGUUUUUAUGAUUAUAUUCGGAAGACCCACCAGAUUGUCCCUGGAUGACGUGUUCUUUACAUAUUGGCUAAUGCUUAAUGUCAUUACACAUUUGUAAAUAAAG